AUGUUCUCUCUUAAUUAAAUUAGAACUCCGAAGUUUUUAAAUUGUUUGAGAAACUAUAGAGUGAAGAAUUAAAUUUUAGUGAUUUAACUUAUGAUAUUUACUGUGAUUAUUGCUUUUUUGACUAUAGCCUUGGUUAUUAAUAGAGUAAUAAUUGAAUCUGUAAUAGAGAAGGUUUCACUAUAAUUAUUGUAAAACAUUAAUUAAAAGGCUCUAUAUAAAUAAUCAACUUAUUUGGAAUACUAAACAUUCUUAACUUUUAAUUUUGGGUUCAGUCUGCUUAAUAAAAUAAAUUCUCAAAAUUUGUAUUUGCUUAAGUAAUAAAAUAUUAUGUUGGAUAAUAUACCUUUCAGUUGUAUUGAUUAUAAUGUUAGAUAAAAAUAGCCAUUAUAAUAUUAUCUACCUGAAUUUUGUUAUUAUUAUGCUAAUCAUAUAGAUUUUGCAUUAAUUCCAAAAACAGAAAUUGAUUAACAUUUGAUAAUUUUGAUUUAAAUGUUAAACUAAUAAUUAUUGUUAAUUAGUUAUAGUGAAUUGGAACCUACAAUCUAUUUGACAUAAUAAGGAGAUGGAUAAUUUUUUGCCAUAAUUCCUUAAAAAAUGAGAUAUCCAAAAUAUAGACCUAAAGAAAGAUAAUGGUAUAAGGAUCAUAUUGCUGUUUUAAAUACUACUAAUCAACCAGAAGUAGUAUCUGAAAUAUAUAGAAAUUAUGAGACUUAAGAAUUUGAAUUUACUCUCACAGUUUCAUUAACAAAUACAUAAUUAGAAUUUGAUGGUGUUAUAGCUUUAGAUAGUAAUUUUUAAGUAAUAAAACCAAAGAUCAAUUAUGAUUAAUUAAAUAUUUAUCUGGUUGAUUUAGCUGGAAGGAUAUUGAUUUCAAAUGUUUAUCCUUAAGUUAAUUUUGUUUAGGAAAUGAAAUUCUUUAAUGACACUUCUAUUACAGGAUUUGACAAUAAAGAUUGGAUUUAAGUUCUCAAUUAGAUUCUCUAUCAAAAUGGAGAAUCUAAUUGUCAAUUUGUAUAUAAAAGUUUUUGUAGAUAUAAUAAAUUAUUUGGAUAAGAUUUAUUCAUUAGAGGAUUUGGUAUUCACAAUAGAUUCUAUCAAAUAGUGUAAUAAUAUUCAAUUAUAUAUUUAAGAUUUGUGGAUUAUAAAUUCAUGGAAGAAAAUGAUAAUGACACAUAAGAAUUAAAGUCUGAAUUAUUAAGUUAAGCAACACAUUAAUUAAUUUAUUAUGUUAUUUAUAAUAUAUCAGGUAUUUUGCUUUGUUGGAUAAUAAUGCAUUUCUCUUUGAAACCUUAUUAUGAAUUAACUAGGUUAUUUUAAUAGACAACUCAAACUAAAUUUAAUUAGAAAUAUGAAAUUGCAUUAAAAAAAGUUAAAAUAUUUAAGUAGAAUAAUCUUAUUUAGACUGGAUUGGAUAAUUUAUGCAAUAAGUUAUCAGAAAUAAGAUCAAGAAAAUCAAGGGAAUGUCAUUAUAUGGAAAAUUACAAAUAUCCAAAGAAUUUAGCAAAACAUGCUUAUAAAUUUAGAUUGUAUAUCAAAUAAUUUCCAAAAGUAUUUAAUAUUCUUUAUUUAGAAAUCACAAAUUCAAUAAUUAUAAAGAACAAUUAAAUUAAUUUAUGAUGAGAUCUUAUCAAUUCUGGCAGUAAACUAUAAUGAAUUCUACUAUAAGUUGAUAUGA